UAGCUCUCCUCUCUCUCACCUCGCUCUCCUCGACACCGCUUCACUUCAGUCAGCCUUGCAGUGUGUUGGAGAGUGGAGGGUGGUGGAUGUCUGUGUGUGAGGCAGCCUGACACGCGAUCUCUCUCUCUUGGAUUUCUUGGAUGCUGAGACGUUAAGGUGGGAACCUGUUUACCAAAUACCACCUCGCCUUGCAUUGAACACAGACAAGCAAGAAAAACCAGCAUCUAACGCACUGCGCCAUUCAACGAUAGUGCCAUUGGAGUUUGCGCCCCACAGCUCCCUAACUCACUGGAUUAUCAAGAAAAAAAAACAACCUUAGCACGAAAACACACACAUGGCAGAGACUGAAGCUCGUGGAAAAUGAUCAUAAGCAUUCAAACACACGCACGUCUUGAACUAAAAACUUGAGACGUACCCAAGACCCAAGACACUGCUACACCUACCAAGUCUCCCCAACACUGGACACCCGCACAUCAACCAUCCCCGCCAGCCACACCAGCAGGAUGGCGCGUAACUCCCUGAGCAUAACCACCUUGUACUCCUCGGCCCAGUGUGUGCUGUCCGUGGUGGGCUCUGUUGGGGUCAUUCUGCUCUUCGCCGGCAUCCCGCAGCUCAUAUACUCGCCUGUGGUCAGCGGCUCCAACCUCCUCACGUUUAUCAUGGGCGCCGUACUUAUCAUGACUAUGGUGGCCGGGAAUACGUUCCUCAAUUACAAGUUCAGAAGAUUGAGUGGCAGUAGAGAGGCUAACGGACAAGGCGGAAGUGGCGACGGGUCAGAAGCGAGGGCAGGGGACCCAGAGGACAAGCCCCCCAGUUACGACGCCAUCCUCACCCUGGACGGUCCCCCGCCUGAGUACUCCAGCAUCGUGCUCCAGAAACCACCUAAGUAUGAGGAGAUUGUCAAGGAGACCUUCGCCGCCUGUGUGCCGACUGACGCCGCCGCCUGCGCAUCGCCUCCACUGCCCCAUGCGGAAGGAACCCCAGCUGCUCGGGGUCAGAAAAAGAUUCUCACUCUCAGCAGAGUCGAAGAAGAAUCUGCUGGAGAUAAUGUGGGUCCCAGUGAGCAAAGCGGCAGAUGUGAAACACUUGCGAGGAGUGUGAGGCCGGAAGACGAGGAGCAGGAGAGUGGUGAGCCAGCAGACCGAUCUCUCCCUACCAGAGAUCAGUUGUGUGUUGCGAGUGGAGCAGCGAGGAACACGGAGUCACAGUUUUUGGAGGAAUCAGAAACAUGAAAGGACCAACGUGUUCACAAAAGUGCCAAGUCUUUCAUCUUAUAGCUUGAUUUAGAACAGAGAUUGUCGACUGCAAUCAAUCUUUUCCCCAUUUUUUACGUUUCUGGUCAUAUCAUGAAGCUAGUCCGUGUUGAAAGUGACGAUGUGCUUCGUCUUAUGGCUGCGUCUUCGCGUUCGUGAGUGAAUUCCCUCCAGAACAUAAAUAUAAAUUAAUAAAGUUGACAUUAAGAAAAAAUGAGGUACACCACAGUUAUGAAAUUACAACCACGCACAAGUCGAUAGAUACUUUCCUCUUAACCAUCGUAGAAUAGUUGAAAACAAUUUUCAAAUUUACUUCUGAUUUUUAUUUUGCUUUCAUAAGGAGGAGGGAAUUUAGUUCAUUGUUAAUUUAUUGCAUAACUUGCGAGAACAGCGCGUUGGGGUACACAAUUUCUCCUUCACAAAAUAAAGAAAAAAGUUUCUUUUAGAAUUCUGAUACAUUCCAAAAGGAAACAAAAAAGUUUACAUCCCUAACUUGACUUAACAGUGUUUCUUGUUGUGGAAGUUGUGUCCCGGGAAACAGUUGUGUAAAGAAAUCAGUUUGACUGGUAUCUCAGUUUUGCUUGCUUGGGAACAGUCCAAGAUGCCACACCCAAACAAAGGCGAGCUGCUGAGUUGUGUGGAGAAAGGUCCUGUAGGAAUGAUGGAGUAGAUGCACGGCUCGUGAUAUGCAGGAUUGCCACAUGGAAGCAGUACCAAAGAUGUGCCUUUUGGCCUUGCUUCUCCUCGGGGACAAUGGUGGUGCAGUCCUUACUCAUGCAUGCCCAGGAUGUGCAUUUGCAUUUACCGAAUUAUGAAAUUUGUGAAUACUUACAUGAUUAUUAAUGGACGCUUCUCUUCAUUGCAACUGGUACAUGACUAUUACUUCACGUUCCGGCCAGAAGAUUAAUACGAAAUCAGUCUUGUUUCUUACUGCUGUACCUGGACAUUCAGAGGGUUUACUGAUUGAUUUCGUAGCCUUUGUGAACUGCAAUAAUGUGAAUAUAGUGUGUUUAAGUUACAGUAUUCACAAGGAGCAGAUGCUGGUGUUGAUGUGGCCACACAUGUGAAUAUGUCGGCUGUGAAUGGAAGCCGUGCAGUGGCUGUGUGUAUUCCCAGGAAAAGCUGGGAUGGAACUAUUUGUCAAAUCCAUGAACUGUCGCCAGCCCUCUCCAGUUGUGAUAUUUUCCUUAGUUAGGGCUUCAAAUAACUUUGUGAUACAGUUAAUAAAAUUUUGAUAAGAA